AUGAAUGCGUCAGGACGUCAGUUUUACACUCCACUGGACCAGUCGCAGAUCGAGUUUAUUCCAAGUGAUAGCGAAUCGAUAAACGGUAGUUUGACCAGCUCAAAAACUAGUAAUGAGAAAGUAGAUUCUCCAGGAAGGGAAUCCACAAGAUCGCAUUCUUCGGGCACUAGGGAAAGCUCUUUGUUUCCUCGCAGAGGUUCUGUGACGAUGAGUGAGCUCAUAUUUAAUAACAUUGGUCGGAGCCAGACUAAGGAUAGCCAAAAGGAGGAGAACUAUGCCCUAUCUCGAAUGACUACCACUACGUCGCUGACUUCGAACGUCAUCGACCGUGUGCGAUACAAGAUUUUGCUUAAGUUAAAUUCUCGCGAGACACAGCUCCUAAGAGAAUCCUGGUCUAUGAUCUUGAACGAGGAUAUAACUAACGAUAAUGUCAAGACUAAGCCUUCAACCAAGAAAGGUUUCAAAUUCAAUCCGAUGACACCUUUGAACUCACAAGCCAAUUCUGCACGGCGGAAUUCGAUCACCAGUGUUACCAGUGCCACUAGCGUUAUUCCAGAGACGAAAGGAAACGUACAAUCCAAUGCAUUCGCCAGUUCACUGUUUUGUUCACAGUUCUAUGCCAAUCUCCUCUCCAUGGACUCCGAACUGGAACGCAUGUUCCCCUCUACUAAGCAUCAGGCCGUCGCAUUCGCAGGUGUGAUCAACACGGCAAUCAAGAACCUGGAGAACUUACAGACACUAGAGACUUUCUUACAAGGUCUGGGCAAAAGGCAUGCUCGGAUCUUGGGCAUUGAACCUCCUCACUUUGAGCUAAUGGGCGUAGCUUUCCUCAAGACUCUGCAGGACAGAUUUGGAGUUCACUGCACCAUUGAGCUCGAAGAAGUGUGGUCCAGACUCUACUCAUACCUAGCUAAUAGCAUCCUCCAAUUCGGCAUCGACCCAUACUUGCAAAUCGAUCUCAACCAGGAUACACUCGUUUUCCCCAUCCCAAAUCUACAGACUGGAGCCAGCAGAACCGUGAGCAGACUCAGCUCACAUUUUUCAGAGACAGACUUCAUCUCCGCUGCACCUUUCGCAACCAGGGAAAGUACUCCUGCUGAACCCGCAGACAGAGAUACAUCGCUACGAAACCCGGUACAACCACAGCCCAAGAAGACAAACAGGCUUCCCUCUCGGAUUAAGCCCACUACGACAAAGCCGAGCACCAAGAAGACGGCCUCAAAGCUUCAUUUAUCUAGUAAUCAAGACUGUAUAAUCAUGUAG